AUGGAACCGUCGGGCAAAGUAUGGGCCACGGUUUUAAACUGUGGCCCAUACUUUGCCCUACAGUUGAAAACUGUCGGGAAUAGGGCUAAAAAAUUAAAACCCUCGUGCCUCUCACCAAAACAUUCAGACAUCAAACCCUCACUCUUCUCAAUCUCACUCUUUCUCGAUCUCACUUUCUCACUCCCUCGCGCCUCCAUCUCUCUCGAUCUCACUCUCUCACUCCCUCGAUCUCUCUCUCGAUCUCACCCACUCGGGUCUCUCUCUCACCAGCGACGCACCUCUGCCACUACCGGCAACGCCCACCGACCCUAUUCUGUUGAGGAAGCUAAGAAGAAGAUUUACAACGUUUCAUGCGAAAUAUAUUUUGGGUUUGGUUAUGAUAUUAAUGAGGAGAACUCCAAUAAGCCAGAGGGUUUGCAAGGUGUUUUGUUUGUGCUUCCUGAUUCUUACGUUGACCCUAAAAACAAAGACUACGGUGGUAUAACUUAUAUAUCCAAUUAUCUUCACUUGGAGAAGAUCAAGAUGGGUUCAACUGAGGCCAAUUUCGAGGAUUUUUUUUUUUGUGUGGAGAAGAAACAGGUUAGGAACCCUUUUGUUCCCGUUGGUAAAGUCUCGAAUCAUCCAUUAUUACCUUCCCCCAUUUUUAUAUUUUAUUGUUUUAAUAUUAAAGUUUAGCAUUUUCUUUUGACGGAGUCAAGUUUCAAUUGGAUUUUAAGGCUAAAUGUUUGGAUUUAUAAUUAGCAUUUUUUUUGAAUAAGCAAUAGAGUAGAAUAGAUAUGGGAUUCUGAAAAUUUAUUGUCAAUAUAUGAAUUAACUGCUCGGAGAAUUAUUCAGAGUAGUAUACUUUUUUCUUUGGUAUAUAAUGCCUCUGAUGAGUAUGGUCUAUUUCAACUUUGAUGACCAUGCUCGAAUUGUACUUUUUGUCACUAAAUAUUUUACUAAUAGAUCUAUGACAUACUCAGUUAUGCAUUGAAUUAUAUACUUUGAAUUUUCUUGAGGUGAUUGUUAACGUACUGUGGCAUAUAUAGUGAUAUGGUAAAGUUGUUCCUGUUGGAGGAGUUUCUUUUGACCCAUUGAUGGAGUUGACUCACAUUCUCCCAACGUUUCUUUUUUGUUUAUACUUUACAAUAUAACCAAUUACUUUAGUAUAACUAACGAUUAAGUAAGUUAGAAUAUGUAGUUUGUAUAUAUUACAAUUUCUGUUCAUUUUCAAUUUAUGUUUAUACUUUACAGUAAUUAAUUAGUGACAUUAUAUAAAUUAAUAAAAGUUAAUUAAUGCUGGAAAAAAAUAGUAGAAAUUUACAUUUUUUUUUCAUUUUUUUGCAACAAAUGACUGGUAAAAACCGUCGCUAAAAAACAAAAUUUAUAAUCAAAACUGAAAAUUUUACUAUAGGCUACGGUUUAAAAUCGUGCUUAUACCACUAUAGGCGACAGUUUAAAACCGUGGCCUAUAGUAUAGGCCACGGUUUUAAACUGUGGCCUAUACUAUAGGCGACGGUUUUAAACCGUGGCCCAUACUAUUUUCCCGACUGUUUUCAACCGUCGCCUAUUUUACCUAGUAUUCGCGACGCUCGUAUAGGCGACGGUUUUAUGGACUGUCGGGAAUUCUUUACCUGACGGUGUAAAACCGACGGGAAUUCGAGAUUUUUUAGUAGUGAUAAUUUCUUUGCCCUAUUAGACUAUAAUUGAAAAAUCUCUUGAUU